ACAGCAUUAAGAUGUGUAUAUUCUCAUGUAAAAUGUUAUAUGCUUUAAUUUUAAGUGUCUCAUUUUUAUAUCUUUCAGUUCCAGGGGAUUUAGGUAAUCAGUUGGAAGCCAAGUUAGAUAAGCCAUCAGUAGUGCAUUACCUCUGCUCUAAGAAGACAGACAGUUAUUUUACGCUCUGGCUGAAUUUAGAAUUACUUCUGCCUGUUAUCAUUGACUGCUGGAUUGAUAAUAUCAGGCUAGUAUAUAAUCGAACAAGUAAGAUUACAGAACCCCCAGAUGGAGUGGAUAUCAGAGUCCCAGGUUUUGGGCAGACAUUUUCCCUGGAAUUCCUUGACCCAAGUAAAAGGAGCGUUGGCAGUUACUUUUAUAUGCUGGUGCAGAGUCUAGUAGAUUGGGGCUACAAACGGGAUGAAGAUGUAAGAGGAGCACCUUAUGACUGGCGAAAGGCACCAAAUGAGAAUGAAGACUAUUUUGUGGCCCUCCGCAAGAUGAUAGAGUUAAUGUAUGAGCAGUAUGGAAGUCCUGUUGUCUUAAUUGCCCACAGUAUGGGUAAUAUGUACACCCUCUACUUCCUCAACCAUCAGACUCAGGAUUGGAAAAACAAGUACAUCAAGGAUUAUGUGUCAUUAGGCGCUCCAUGGGGAGGAGUGGCUAAAACUCUGCGUGUGCUGGCUUCAGGUGACAAUAAUAGAAUACCUGUUAUCAGCUCACUCAAGAUUAGAGACCAGCAGAGAUCAGCCGUUUCCACAAAUUGGAUGCUCCCCUACAACUACACAUGGCCUCCAGAUAAAGUCUUUGUAAGCACACCUACAGCUAACUACACUCUUCAGGAUUACCGAAAAUUCUACAGGGACAUCAAUUUUGAAGAUGGCUGGCUCAUGAGACAAGACACUGAACCCCUGGUCUACCAGAUGACACCACCUGGUGUGCGUAUACACUGUCUUUAUGGCACUGGUGUGGAAACACCUGAUUCCUUCCAUUAUGAAAGCUUUCCUGACAAAGAACCCAAGAUUCUUUACAGUGAUGGGGAUGGUACAGUAAACUUGCAGAGUGCCUUGCAGUGUCAGAAGUGGGUGGACAUGCAAAAGCAGGAAGUGGUGAUAUUUGAGCUUUCAGGAAAUGAGCAUAUUCAAAUGCUAUCCAAUGAUACUACUAUCUCCUAUGUGAAAAAGCUGCUUUUUGAUUUGUGAUACCUUGUGUUGACGGUUAUUUUCCUCACCCGUGAUGCCUUUCCUUAAAUAUGGGAAAAUGCCUUUUAAUCCCUUGAUAUUUAGAUUAUUUAUUUUUUUUUAAGGCUGUGUUCAAGAAAUUGUUUGAUGUCCUAAAUGAUCGUUUGUCUCCGAUUUGUGUUUAUGAUGCUUCAAGGUAUCUUCACAUUCUGCAAAUUUGGUCAAAUAUGCAUUUUGGUGCCUCUGGUGUUGUGUCCAAUAUUCACACAGACAUUUAUUUGGAGAUUAUGCAGCCCCUUGCACAUGCUACAUAGAAACAUAGAUACCUGAGUUCCUUUGUGUGGUCUUUGCAGGGUUUGGAGUGGGAGGGCUAGAAAGGAUGGCAAUUUCAGGUGCCCAUAAAACAUGGGAAUGAUUAAUUUGGGAAACACAGUAAACUUUUUAAGGCGUCUUGCAUAUUUUGGUCCACAGUUCCCAGUACCUUAAUUUGUAAAUGUGCAUAUCUACUAGGCAAGAUAGGGAAGAGGUCUGCCUGGUACUGUACUACGUUUGUUAUAAUCCAGCCUUUCUUUUAUUACAGCUUUUGGGGGAAAAGAUAGAUGUGUGAAUUACUUGAAGCUUCUUAUUUGUACCUACCUUUUUGGGCUUUUGUUAGAAGAAGAAGAAGAAAUUGUUUGCUCAUCAACUUCUAGAACCUGAUUACGUACAAUCUGGAGGCUGAGGAAUUCUCAGCUUGUGUGUUAUUUAUCAAUGAGGGGAAGAAGCUAAACAUUGGUUGGUGCUUGCAAUAACCAUAGCUGUGCUGAGUAGUACAUAAAUUAAAGCUAAUCUAAUAUUGGCAAACAAUCUAUACAGUGCAGAAUUGCAUUUCUGGGUGAAAAAUUAUCUUCUGUAAGGGAAAUGAUAAUGGAUGGUGGGCAUUAAUUCAAAAAGAAAAGUGAACUUCCUGAAAUGGAGUGGGGAAUGGAAGCCAGCAUAAUAGAGUGUAAAGUAUAAAGCUUGUUCUCAGUGAAAUACUUAGGCUGUGAGCCAGUUACUGACCAAGUAGUGAUUGGAGCAACACUGCAUUCAGCUGAAAAGGAACUUUAUAUUUUAAGACUAAAAUUCAUUACCCUUAGAUUACAAAUUUCAUUAUUGCUGUUUCAAGAAGCUGGGAUACACUGUUCCUUAAAUGUUUCUAUAAAUUGCUGACCAUGCAACUCUUAAAUUCCUACAGUAUUGUUUUACUCAAUGUUUUAAAAAUUCAACUCUGAACUCCACAGAAAUGAUAGUCUAAAGGCCAUCAUAUUUGCAGCCUUGACUACCAAAGUCCCACUGGAGAAAUAGUUUCACUUGAAGAUUUGCGUUUGCUUGCUUUAAAACAAGUCACCCAGUUAGAUUGCACUUAGUUUUCUGAAAACAGAGUUUUGAAUGCUUUCAAAAUGCUAGGUCCUCCAAGAAAAAUGUUUUAAGAGUUUCGGAAACUCAUCAGAACCAUUGAGGAUUUAUUACUUAAGAAACUGAUGUUGUCUAAAGGGUAAAGUUUUUAACUGAUUUGGUAGCAUGCAUAAAAUGUUUGUUGGCAUUAGAUAUAUCAGUAAGGUGUGUUGAAAUUACAGGCUUGAACUGAUGUUACUGUAGAAUGCAAACAUUUUGGAACAGGAGGUAGGCUUAAGGUUUUAAGUUUUAAUUCAGAAAUGGCUAGUAAAUCCAGAACAGCUUGAUCUAGGGUCAUGGAUAAGCUAAAUAUCUUCUUUAGGUUUUAACUUCCUUAUGUAGCUUCAUUCUCCUCCUCUUUUUCCCCUAUUACUUUUGUUGAGGGUGAGUACACAUUUUUCCGAUUUUUAAAACGGUACAUUUGUCUUGUUCUGGGUUGCCCUGGAACCUACAGUUCAGCAGCAAUAUUGCCUACACUUUUCCAGAGUUAAAUACUGAGUUGCCUCAAGCCACUUGUAAUUGGUAACUGUUGGAAUGAAAAAAAACCCCUCCAGGCCCCCGAACUAAAAACAACAAAAAAAACCCACAAAAAGUCCUUUAGUCAAGGUUUAUGCAGGGCUGUCAGCUGGAUAAGCUUCAGGCUUGUGUUCCAAGACUGCUCAAAGAUGAUAAAGCUCUUCCUGUGGUCUGACUCAAUUUUUGAAUAAAUUGUUAUGUUACUGGUUUAUAACAGAAAGAAAUUACAGAAACCAGUUAAUCAUAAUCCAUAUUUCUUGCUGAAGUAGAAUGUCUGUUAAUAAGCAAUGGAAUGAGGGCUGGAGGCUGUAUUGCAGGAUACCAACAUGGGCAUCAAGGGCUGAAAAAAAUGAGAAAAUAACAUAGGAAAACAGUUCUUAACCUGAUCUGGAGAAUGUUUCUAAGCUUCAUUUAGAUCCUUACCCAUUAAUUGGUGGCAUUUUCAGACUCAUACCAAGACUAGCUUCAGGGCUUUUUCUGACUUGAAGUUCCAAAAUACAUGACUCAAAUAUGCUCUUUCUUUUUUAAAUUAUUUUUUCAUUUACUACUUUUAAUACUAUUUUUGUGCCCCAAAAGGAGAAAGAAAAAAAAUCUCUAAUUUUGGAAACCUAGUACUUUGUUUCUGAGAUCAGUUGACUAUCUUCUAACCUAAAGAUUUGUAAGUCAGCUUUCCAUUAGUAGACAACCUCUAGAGUGUGUCUCUUUAAAUAAACUUGUGUUUAGUUAACCUGGUAAAAUGAAGCUGAAAGUUUUUCAGGGCUGCUUUUUGUUUUGUCACUAUAAACCCUUGUUGUGCAAGAAUGCAUGUACCUGAGUUCUAAGUACUGUGCUAGAGCAAGUACGGUGCUUCUGGUGAGAUUCUGAUUAGAUGUGAUGGUUCUGCAGGCUAUAGGUCUAUUUAAUGUCUGGAAGUUGUGGUUUGGAUUUUUUUUUUCCUACCAAAUCAUCUUCAGCCCUUUCAUUUUCAGCCCCUUGCAUAUUAGGAUGGAGUUCUCAUUGAAAAGUGAAUGCAGCAAGUAAACGACAUUAUUCUAGUUGUUGAAACUGAACCACUUCAUUCAGCAUGUCGAAGUGCUUAUUCACUACAGCGUAUUCCUCUGCAAGGCAAGAGGAUUUAGCAUUACUGUUACAGGCCUGCGAGAGCCAUGUGCACUUGAGGAUUCUAGAUUCUUGUGGGGAGAGAGGUCUGAAGAAAUAAAUCUGAGAGGAGAAUGUGGCACUUCUGUAAGAGGAGUAACUCAGGUGCUUUGCCACACUGCACAGUUGAAAUGUUUGAAUUCACUGACAUAUCUUUGUUAUACCUGAUACAUAUUGAUCCUGUCUCUCUUUCCAUAACUUGGUUUUAUUCUUCCAGGAUAUUUUCAGAAACCAAAAACAGUCUUGAGGACCAAAUGUGUUUCUUACUUUUGACAAAAUGUAUAGAAAAUGCUGAAGAAGCUUUCAGCUGUCAUUGUAAUACUUCUGAAGAGGUUCAGAGUCACUAUGUGAUUCUGUUUAAAAACAGAAGGCUUCAAUAACUAGCAAUAAUUGCAAAGGACUUGCAGACCAAAGGAAGGAAUGUUUGGUAUUAAGGUAGUUCUUGGAGCACAGUGUGUUCAAGGCCCUCUUAAAUUCAGGGAAUGUUUGGCAAUGACUUUGCUGCUCUACUUAACAGUAUUUUGUAUGGAACAUAUUCUGAGACCUAGCAUUUUAUAUGCUCUUUUUGUGUAUGAAUGUGUUCAAUAGAUUUUGAAUAUUUUAUUGUCAAACUUUGAUAAUAUAAUAAAGUUGAUCUAAUACA